GAGACGGUGGGUCAGGUGGAGAUCAAGGCUUUGUCUCAGCUCUACAGCCGUUGUUUCCUGAUCUACCGUUACCCGGGGAAACCAGCCACGGUGAUCUCAGAGGACGACUUUGUUGACAAGGUGACGCUGUGUUGCUCGAUCAACGGUCACUAUGACAUCGUUUACCCGAGGACUUACCCUGUCUCUGCUGCCCUCUGUCAGUCUCUUUUCUAUGAGCUGCUCUACACUCAGGUGUUUGGGUUUGAGGAGGCGGAGCUCUGUCAGGCUAUGGAGGCCUUCAGGGUCGGAGGUCGUCGCUAUAGAAACAGCCCAUCAGUGUGCAGUGACGUCGACUUUGGGUAUGACACACCUGAGGACCGAUGUCGCAGGGAGGAGGCGGAGUCGGCUGGAGCUGCAGACGAUAAACUGCGCACCCUGACAGCCGAGACGAAGCCUCCUGCCGAAGCCCCGCCCCCUUCCAGACUGUCUCUUCCUUAUAAGGUCAUGAAGUCUCUGGAUGGAGAAGCGUACAGAAACCUGGAGUUUGACGUGUGGCAGGACACCUGUAAAGAGAUGCAGAAGACGGACUACAUGGUGUUUGCAGGGAGGCAGUACUUCCUGGGAGACAAGUGUCAG